GCACUGGGCGAAUCCUCCGCUAGUACGGAGACGACCGGGCUCUCAAGAUGGCGGCCCCAUGCGGAAACAGCCCCAGAGAGCAGCCAUGUUGCUUCCUGAACAAAGCCUCUGAAGAUGCGGAACGGGCAAAACCGCCCCGUACGGAACAACGCAGCCUACGGAGCCUGGUGUUGUGCUCCCGGACAGGAAGCAGGAGAGUUUGCCAAUAUGGAUGUGACAGCGGUUCCCAUUAAGCCGUGAUGGGGGUUUUGGGACCUGAUAAUCCAGCUGGGAGUCAGAGGCGGGAUGUGUGCGGUGAAGGAUCUGUUUUGAUACAGCCUGGGAUACCCCCUAUAAAAUAAUCUCUCUAUCAUGGGAGCCCCCACUUCCUCUGGGCUAGUUCAAGCUCUGUCUGCAUGACUUGUCCUGGGACUGAGGAAAGUUUACUAGUCAUCUGGCCUUUUGGAAAAGAGCAAAAAAUGAUGAAGUCCCAGGGGUUAGUAUCAUUCAAGGAUGUGGCUGUGGAUUUCACCCAGGAGGAGUGGCAGCAACUUGACCCUGCUCAGAGGACCCUGUACAGGGAUGUGAUGCUGGAGAACUACAGCCACCUGGUCUCAAUGGGAUAUCCAGUUUCCAAACCAGAUGUCAUCUCCAAGUUGGAACAAGGAGAAGAGCCAUGGAUCAUAAAGAGAGACAUAUCAAAUUGGAUCUAUCCAGAUGAAUAUCAGGCAGAUGGGAGACAAGGGAAACAGGAAGAGUAACCUUCACAACUCCCAGUCAUGUAUUUUGGGGACAGUUUCCUUCCAUCAUAAGAUACUGAAGGGAGUCACAAAGGAUGGUUCAUUGUGCUCCAUUUUAAAAGUCUGUCAAGGUGAUGGUCAGCUGCAGAGAAUUCUAGAGAAUCAAGACAAACUCUUCAGGCAGGUCACAUUUGUUAACAGUAAAACAGUGACUGAGGCGUCAGGGCAUAAAUAUAAUCCAUUGGGGAAAAUAUUUCAAGAGUGCAUAGAAACAGGUACAUCAAUACAGAGAUUCCAUAAAUAUGAUGCUUUGAAAAAGAACUUAAAACCAAAUAUUGACCUACCGAGUUGUUUUAAGAGCAAUUCAAGAAAAAAAAUUGAUCAGAGUUUUGGAGGUGGAAAAUCAUCUAGCCAGAGUGAGCCCAAUUCUAAUCUUGAGAAGAUUCACAAUGGAGUAAUACCUUUUGAUGAUAAUCAGUAUGGAACUGUUUUUAGAAAUACACAAUCCCUUAUUCAGUAUCAGAAUGUAGAAACUAAAGAGAAAACCUGUGUAUGUGUUACAUGUGGAAAAGCCUUUGCUAAGAAGUCACAGCUCAUUGUACAUCAAAGAAUUCAUACUGGAAAGAAACCAUAUGAUUGUGGUGCAUGCGGAAAAGCCUUCAGUGAGAAGUUUCAUCUUGUUGUACAUCAGAGAACUCAUACUGGGGAGAAACCUUAUGAUUGUUCUGAAUGUGGAAAAGCCUUCUCUCAGAAAUCAUCCCUUAUUAUACAUCAGAGAGUUCACACUGGGGAAAAACCCUAUGAAUGUAGUGAAUGCGGGAAAGCCUUCUCCCAGAAAUCACCCCUCAUUAUACAUCAGAGAAUACAUACUGGGGAAAAACCCUAUGAAUGUAGAGAGUGUGGGAAGGCCUUUUCCCAGAAGUCACAGCUGAUUAUACACCAUAGAGCUCAUACUGGAGAGAAACCAUAUGAGUGUACCGAAUGUGGGAAAGCCUUCUGUGAGAAGUCCCACCUCAUUAUACAUAAAAGAAUUCACACUGGUGAGAAACCCUACAAAUGUGCUCAAUGUGAGGAAGCCUUCAGCAGGAAGACGGAACUCAUUACACAUCAGUUAGUUCAUACUGGGGAAAAACCUUAUGAAUGUACUGAAUGUGGGAAGACAUUCUCCCGCAAGUCACAGCUCAUCAUACAUCAGAGAACACAUACUGGAGAAAAACCCUAUAAAUGUAGUGAAUGUGGCAAAGCCUUCUGCCAGAAGUCACAUCUCAUUGGACAUCAGAGAAUUCACACAGGAGAAAAACCUUAUAUAUGUACUGAAUGUGGGAAAGCCUUCUCUCAGAAGUCUCACCUUCCGGGACACCAGCGAAUUCAUACAGGAGAGAAACCUUACAUAUGUGCUGAAUGUGGAAAGGCCUUUUCUCAGAAGUCAGACCUUGUUUUACAUCAGAGGAUUCAUACUGGGGAAAGACCCUAUCAAUGUGCUAUAUGUGGGAAGGCCUUUAUCCAGAAGUCACAACUAACUGUACACCAGAGAAUUCAUACAGUGGUAAAAUCAUAAUUAACUGGCCACAGAAAAGCCUUAGAAUUAGCUCAAGCCUUAAUAAUUACUAGAAACCCAAUUAAUUUGAUAAGCUUGGGGAUAAUAUCCCAAUAGAUAAAACUUUUUAAGGGAAUCUGUUUCUAGUUUGGUGAUGCCUAACUUUUCCAGCAAAGAUGAUGGAAAAUAGUUAUAUAAAUGAAGAACAUUUUUAAUAUGGCAUGUAAAGAUUUUAAAGUUAUGAACUCAGUGAUCAGUGCAGCAAGUUAAGCAUACAGAAUAUUGUCAAGUUGCAUAUUCCUUAUACUACAUAAUGAUAAUCAGCCAUUGUGAAACUGCUAAUAUUAACUUGGCAUAAUUAUGGCCAUAAAGUAAUUUUCUAUAAAAGACAUGGAAGAAAAUGAGUAAACAACAAAAUAAAACCUAUACGCUAUUUUAAGAAGGGGCUUGAGCAUGACCCCUAAAGCUACAUGUAAAGGUCUUGUACAAAAAAUUGAACGAUAGGUUGAUCAGAUUCAGUAAAGUUGAUCGGUGUGCAUUUUCCCAUCUCAAGCAUAUAAGUUGACCUGCAUCUCUGGAAGGACCUUGAGAUUGAUGCAUUUUGGGCAGGUGUCCCUUUUAUUCUUCCCAACUGGGAACUUGGAGCUGAAAAACAUUGGCACUGAGGCCAGAUGGUCUUGGGUUUAAUCCUGGCUCAGUGACUCACAGAUUGUGUGACUUGAGGCAAACAUACUUCCCCUGAGUAUUUUUUAUCCGUAAGUACAAAUACAAUGCAGAGCUCAUUUUCAGUUAAUAUUAGUACUUUUUAAAUCUUUACUCUCUGUCUUGAAGCAUUAGAUGCUAAGACUAAUAUGUAAAAACCACAUCUGAACUUGCUUUUCCCUCUGGACACUCUGCUUUUGAUUGUCCAUCCCUAUAAGUGGCUCAUUUUACUGUCUUCUGAUCCUGGUGGCCUUAUUUUUUGCUAUGUUAAGGUUAUGUUUUUUAAUACUUGCAUUUAUUUUCAUAUACUUAUAUAAACCAUGGUGAUUGCACAUAAA